GUCAUACCUGUAGGGAUGCCUGAGUUCAGUCCAUUUGUCAUACCUGUAGGGAUGCCUGUGUUCAGUCCAUUUGUCAUACCUGUAGGGAUGCCUGAGUUCAGUCCAUUUGUCAUACCUGUAGGUAUGCCUGAGUUCAGUCCAUUUGACAUACCUGUAGGGAUGCCUGUUUGGUUUAGUCUGCUUCUGUUAGUGACUACAGUACAUCAAGUGAUCUGUCUGAACAAUGGUUUGGCACGGACUCCCCCUAUGGGUUGGUUGUCAUGGGAACGAUACAGAUGUAACAUUGAUUGCGAUGCUGAUCCAGACAAUUGUAUCAGUGAAAAACUGUACAUGACCAUGGCUGAUCUGAUGGUAUCAGAAGGCUACAAGGAUGCUGGGUACCAAUAUGUCAAUAUAGAUGAUUGCUGGAUGACAAAACAGAGGGACAAAAAGGGUUCCCUGGUACCAGACCCAAAAAGGUUCCCACAUGGGAUAAAAUAUCUAGCAGAUCAUAUACAUUCAAAAGGACUGAAAAUGGGAAUUUAUGAAGACUUUGGCACAAAAACAUGUGGAGGUUACCCAGGUAGCAAGUUCUACCUGCAGAAAGAUGCUGAGACAUUUGCAGCAUGGGGCGUAGACAUGCUCAAACUAGAUGGUUGCUACACAAAUAAAGGAGAUUAUGAUUAUGGCUAUCCAAUCAUGGAAUUCUUCUUGAACCGGACUGGACGUCCUAUGCUGUAUUCCUGCAGCUGGCCUGCUUACAUAUCAAAUCCUAAUUAUGUGAAAAUUGCCAAGUACUGUAACAUCUGGCGUAAUUAUGCUGAUAUCGGAGAUUCCUGGGACAGUGUUAGAGGUAUUAUAGAGUAUUAUGGGAAGGACAAAGGGAACUUCAGCAAAGUGGCAGGACCUGGAAAUUUUAAUGAUCCUGAUAUGUUGAUUAUAGGAGACUAUGGUUUAAGUUAUGAGCAACAGAAGACACAGAUGGCUCUAUGGUCAAUAAUGGCAUCACCAUUGUUCAUGUCAAGUAACCUGAGGAAGAUGCCUCCAGCAUCAAAAGCCUUACUGCUCAACAAGAGGGCAAUAGCUGUAAACCAGGAUCCCCUGGGUAUACAGGGGACUAGGAUAGAUAUGAUUGGGAAAAAUAUUGAAGUGUGGACCAAGCCUAUAUCACCUAAAGGCAAAUCCAUAGCUUUUGCAUUCCUCAAUACAGAAGAAGGUGGAGGGCCUACUGAGGUGAGUUACCCGGUGAGCAAGCUAGGUGCCAUAGCCCCUGCAGGUUACAGCAUUACAGAAGUGUUUUCUGGUACGUUUAUAGGAAAGUUCAAACCCCACGACAGUCUUAAUGUCACUGUAGAUCCGACAGGAGUGUUCUUUGGAGUGGCUGAGUUUCGUGGUUAAAGCUUAUUGUGAUACAGAUCUGAUCUUUAACAGCAACUUUGAGACAUUCCAUUAUGCAUGUAAUGCAAUACAAUGUUAUUCAGAGGCAUUUGAUGUCUUUUAUAUAGAGGAUAUUACAUGAGUGUCUUUUCAUAUUGAAUUUAUCAAAGGAGUUGAAUAAAAUAAUAAAAUGCGAGACUCUGUCGAGCAUUUUAUCAAUUUUAUUCAACAAGUUUAAUAAAUUCAAUGUGGAAAGACACAAAUGUAAUAUUCUGUUUAUCACAUGUAAGCUUUUCUUGUUGAAACAUCAGAAUUUCUUCUUUCUUUACCUAUUAUAGACUAAGUUAAAUCGACCAACAUCUUCUAUAGAUAAAUGAUGUCAACGUCAAAGCUUUAUUACACUAGUGUAUUAUCAAAUUUAUGUGAUGGCUUUUUUUCACUCCUACUUUGUCAAACGUGAUAUAGCCCUUUACAGCAUUUUUAUCAACAUGAUAUCUUAUUGUUCAGUAAAACCAUUGUAUGUAAUCGCUACUAAGUGAAGAACAAGUGCUAUUACCUUUAGCUGAUUUAUUAUGUACUGAGUUGGUGGUGCAAUGAAAGAAACUGUGUGUCAUCUUUUUGAUUAAAAAUCUGAAGAAAUAAGUAAGUUUAUUGAAAACUUUUUUCAGGUUUAAAAAAAUCUCCUUGUACAAAAAUCUCAUAUUUUCAGCUCUUAUUUUAGAGAGUAAAGAUCUCGUAUAAAGUAUAUUUGAUAUAAUUAUUAUAAGAAAUUCUUGUUAGCUCAACUAUUUGAAGAAUAGUCUAGUUAUUCUACUCACCCUGACGUUGGUGUCGGCAUGACACCUUGGUUAAAGUUUUGCAUGCAAGUACAUAUGGCUAUCAUUUAAAGGCAUAUAGCUUUGAAACUUAUUUUUUCUUUUUCUAGGUCAAUUACCAACCUCUCUGGGUCAAGUCCCAUAACUCUGACCUACAUUUUGGCCAAAUUGUGCCCCCUUUUGGACUUAGAAAAUCCUGGUUAAAGUUUUGCGUGCAAGUACAUACACCUAUUACGAAAAGGCGUACAGAUUUAAAACUUAUUUUUUCCUUUUCUAGAUCAAUUACCAACCUCACUGGGUCAAGUCCCAUUACUCUGACAUAUAUUUUUGGCAAAUUAUGCUCCAAUUUGGACUUAGAAAGUUCUGGUUAAAGUUUUGCAUGCAAGUUACUAUCUGCAGAACAAAAUGCAGAUAUUAAAUUGAAUCUUCACAUGUGCCUUCAGGGUUUUAAAACUAGUUGAUUGCAUCAAGUCCAAAAACUCUGACUUGCAUUUUGGUCAAAUUAUGCCCCCUUUUAAACUUGAAACUUCUGGUUAAAGUUUUGCAUGCAAGUUACUUUCUCCAAAACUAAUGCAGAUACUGGAUUGAAACUCUAUAGAUAUUUUAACAUUUUGGGUAAUAUUUUCCUGCCUCUGGGACAAUAAUUCGAAUAGUCAGGCAUUGGCUGUCUUACAGACAGCUCUUGUUUUUGUAUUAUUUUUGAGAAGUAGAUCUCGCAUAUUGCUGAUAUUUGUAUUUCAUUAUAAAUUCUUUAUUCUGUUUACUAGUGUAUUAUGUUGUUCACACUUAAUUAUGCAGUUUAGUAAAUCAUGGAAAAACAAAGUAAUAUAGUUAGAAUCGGAGCUUAGUGAUGGCUGUUUUGUCAAUACUAGACUUUAUGCAAUUAUUUCAACUGUAUAUAAUAUAUACAAUAUAAUCCAGUGUCAAAAUAGUCUCUAAACUUGAAACUUGGUGUAUCUACAAUGGGAAUUAUGUUUAUUUUACAUUGUGAGGAGUUUUUGAUGUGAGGAUAGACUGUGAUAGAACAUGAAUAAAUUAAAUGCAGAUACAAAGAGCUUUGGAACUAGAAACAGUUUUUGAUCGGAUAUUUGAAAUGCUACUGAUUUAUUAGAUUGAAUAAUGUUUAAAAACUAGUGUCUCUUCUUACAUUUUGAAUGUAAUCAAUUUGCAAUGAUGUCAAAUAAAUUUAUAUUAUA